UUUUUAAACACUACAACACCAUCUAAUAGCAAAGCUGAAAACAUAUAUACUAAUGAAGUUCCUAAAGGAUCUCAGCAGAGGACUGAUAAGGGGGAAUCCCAAGAGAACUCAGGAGGACAUUACCGUAAGAAUGCCUUAUUUUCAACUUGAGACAUUUAUUACAGUAAAUACCAUAUCCAUAUUGUUCAAAUACCCUCUUGCACUGCUCCCCUCAGGUCGCUACAAACUGGCUGUGGUGUUGGUCUGUGUUCUCCUGUUUGCUGUUACCAUCGCACUUUGCAUCACAAUUUGGAGGUACAAGAACCUUGCUGAAGAGAAAGAUGAACUGCAGCUCCAAUACAAUAGCAUCACACUAGACAGUGCCCAGUUGGAGACCAACUUCAAUGCCAUGACUGUUGAGAGAGAUGAACUACUGAAGAAUCUCAGUGAGCAAGAAUCACAUGACAUGAAAACCAUUAAACAACAUGCAGUGGAUGUGACCCUGGAUCCUGAUACAGCAGCAUCCAGUCUCAUCCUGUCUGCUGCUGGGAAACAAGUGAAGCAUGGAGACACACGACAGAAUCUUCCAGACACUCCAAAGAGGUUUAUUAAGUACGGCAUUGUUUUGGGAAGAGAGGGCUUCUCCUCUGGCAAAUUCUACUAUGAGGUUCAGGUUAAGGGGAAGACUGGGUGGUCUAUAGGAGUGGCCAGGAAGGGACAGCUAUACCUGAAUCCUAAAUAUGGGCUCUGGACAAUAGUGCUGACAAAUGGGACCUAUAAGGCUGCAGCUGAUUCCCCUGUUCCCCUCUCCCUGAAGGGGACGCUCCAAAGGGUGGGGGUGUUUGUGGACUAUGACGCAGGUCUGGUCUCCUUUUAUGAUGCAGAUUGCUGGGAUCUUAUCUACUCAUUUACCAAUGUGUCACUCACUGAGAAAAUCUAUCCAUACUUCAGUCCUGAUACGAAUGAGGGAGGUCGCUACAAACUGGCUGUGGUGUUGGUCUGCAUUCUCCUUUUGGCUAUAACCAUCACAAUUUUGAAAACAAACGAUUUACAGCUCAGGUGCAAGAGCCUUUUAGAGGAGAAAGACCAGCUACAGCACCAAUACAACAACAUCACAGCAGAUAACGCACUGUUGGAGGAGAGGAAUGCCUUUCUAAUCCAUCAUGAAUCCCAGCUAGAGACAAACUUCAAUGCUGUGACGGCUGAGAGAGAUGAACUACAGCGACGUCUUGGUGAGAUAGAAUCACAUCACAUUAAACAACAUGCAGUGGAUGUGAUCCUGGAUCCUGACACAGCAGCAUUGAGUCUCAUCCUGUCUGCUGAUGGGAAACAAGUGACGACUGGAGACACACGACAGAAUCGUCCAGACAAUCCAAAGAGGUUUAACAAUUUCAGCAAUGUGUUGGGAAGAGAGGGCUUCUCCUCUGGCAAAUUCUACUAUGAGGUUCAGGUUAAGGGGAAGACUAGGUGGACUAUAGGAGUGGCCAAGGAGUCUGUUGACAGGAAGGGACAGCUGUACCUGAGUCCUAGAUAUGGGCUCUGGACAAUAUGGCUGAGAAAUGGGACUUAUGUGGCUCAUGCUGAUCCCUUUGUUCCCCUCUCCCUGAAGGGGACGCUCCAAACGGUGGGGGUGUUUGUGGACUAUGAUGCAGGUCUAGUCUCCUUUUAUGAAGCAUAUUGCUGGGAUCAUAUCUACUCAUUUACCAAUGUGUCAUUCACUGAGAAAAUCUAUCCAUUCUUCAGCCCCAAUCUGAAUAAGGAAGGUAAAAAUUCUGCACCUCUCAUAAUCUCCCCAGUCCAUGGCUGCCCAAUAAAGUAAAUAAUAUGAACUGUAAAUAUUUGUGGACAAUUCCGUAAAUGUUGAAAUGACACACUGAUUUGGGAUGGAUUUUUGUGCAUUCUGCUUUAGUUGUCAUGGCACAUGGUAUUUGGAUUAUACAGUAGGCCUACAAUAUUACAAUAUAACUUGCAGAACUAAUAAUGCAGAACUGUUUUCUUCAGUAUUUUUUUUCAACAGGUGCAGGACAGAUCUUUAAAGACA